GUUGGGACUCGACAUUCUUUGGGGCCCUUUGGAGAUGGGAGAGAGACCUGGAAACCCAGGGCUGGCUGCAGGGCUAUCCACUGAUACUGCUCCCCGACUUGAUCACUCAUGCAUUCUUUCAACGAACGUUUAUUGAGCGUCUACUCUGUGCCACAUACUUUAUGUUCUAAACCUUCGCGAUAACUUUAGCGAACAAAACAGCCAGAGAUCCCUGCCCAGACAGACAAAAAGUUAAUUACAUAGUACAUCAGAAGGUGAUGAGUGCGAUGGAGGGAAAAAAAGGUAGAGCCAGGAAGGGGCACUGGGAAUUCUGGGCAGGUGGGACAGGUGUCAGUAUUCAAUGAGACAAUCAGGGUGGGCUCACUGCAUGGGUGACCUUUGAGCCCAAGAUGGAGGAGGCCAACAGGAAGAGCGAACAGCCAGUGCGAAGGCUGGAGGCAGGAGCCCGUCUGAAGAAGAGGCGUCCCGGUGGCUGCGGUAGAGCAAGCAAGGGGACGGUCAGAGGAAUAUGGGGCAGCACUUUGAGGGCUCCUAGAGCCAAGGAAGGACUUUGGUUCAGACUCUGAGCAGGAUGAGGCCUUUGCAGGAUGUGGAGCUGAAGAGAAUGGUCUGACUUAGAUGUUAACUCAUCACUCCGGCUGCUGUGUGGAGAACAGACUGGAAGGGGGCAAGGAUGGAAUCCAAGUGGAGGUGAUGGUGGCUUUGGGCCAGGGUAGUAGCAGUGGAGGAGGUGAGGGGGGGAUAGCUUCGGAUCUGUUUUGAAGGUAAUGACGCAAUUUCCUCAUGGAAUGGUGGUGAGGUGUGAGGGAAAGGAAGAGGUCAGGAUGACACUAAGAGUUGGUACCCAUGUUUGGGGCCUUCACAGAUUUCUAUGGGCAGUGGCUCCUGAGCACUGCGUGUGCCCUCAAAAGAAGAGCCCAGUCCUCUUCAUCCCCCCUCCUUCUCAUCCUCCCAGGAGAGAGAUUCAGUUUGCUGCCUUGUCAGUUUGGAUUGUCACUGUCCAAAGAGAAAGGGGCAGUCAUAGCCUGGUCACCCCCAAGCAGAGAGGCACACCAUCUUUCAUAUACUCAAAACCCCCAACUUUCCCCAGGGAAAGAGGCUUGGAGACGAGGAAGCCAAGGGAGGCUGUUGAUGACUCACAUGGGGGAGUCCUAAACAACCCUGGGAGAAGGCUCAGCUUCAGUCCCUGCUGAGUCACUCCUCUGGGAUGGGGGUCCUUCCCACCUUGUGGGCGUCUGUGAUUCCCCAGUGCUCUGGCAACUGCAGGCUGGGCCUGCCCCCUGCUGGCCAUGCUCCACCUCACCAGCCUUGCCGCCAGUCGCGGAUGCCUGGACAAGCAGGGCCUUGCCCCCAGAAGGCUCAUUAAAUCCAUGCUGACUGAGGCAGCCUGGAGGGGCCUGCCGGGCCUGGUCAGUCUGCAAGACCAUCGUUGGCCGGCAGGGGGAAGGCCACCUUUGGCCAUCCUGGCUGUCCCGUGAGAUUUCACACUGCACACCUCCUCCAGUGCGUCAGGGCCACCCAAUCUGGCUCGCUCCCCUCAUCUGGUGAGGUCUGGGCACCAGGCCACUGCUCACCCUACACCCAGGGUUAAACAUUAGUGGGAGGUUAUCAGUCUGGGUACGGGGAAGGGAGAGGGUAGAAUUACACUUUCACCAGCGUCUCCUCUGCUGGAGCCACCAGUUCCCACCCGGCAGGACAAUGCCCGUGGAGGAGUUUGUGGCUGGCUGGAUCUCUGACUUGCUUCCUCAGCCUGGCGUGAGGGGCCUCACUCACUGCACCUUCUUGUCACCACAGGCGCUCUGGGUUUGGUCCUGGGACACCCCUUUGACACUGUAAAGGUGAGUCUAGGGGAGGCACUCACGGAAUGAAAGAUGCCACCUGAAUCAAACAUUAGGACACCCUGAGAGCAGGGCCUGGCUGACAGCGGCUUUCUCCUGCCUUUCCUGCCCUUCUGGCAUCCUGCUCGAGGGGCAGAGGGAUGAGCUGGCCUGGAGCCAUGCCGGGCCUGCCUGCCUGCUCUCCUUUCCAUGCAGGUGCGGCUACAGACCCAGAACACCUACCGGGGCAUCGUGGAUUGUAUGGUCAAGACUUACCGCCAUGAGUCGCUCCUGGGCUUCUUCAAGGGGAUGAGCUUCCCCAUCGCGAGCAUAGCCGUGGUCAACUCCGUCCUGUUCGGGGUCUAUAGCAACACCCUGCUGGUGCUCACCGCAACCUCCCACCAGGAGCGGCGGGCCCAGCCGCCCAGCUACACGCACGUCUUCAUAGCCGGCUGCACCGGGGGGUUCCUGCAGGCCUACUGCUUGGCUCCUUUUGACCUCAUCAAAGUGCGGCUACAAAACCAGACAGAGCCAAGGGCGCAGCCAGGGAGCCCCCCGCCCCAGUACAGAGGGCCUGUGCACUGUGCGGCCUCCAUCUUCCAGGAGGAGGGGCCCCGAGGGCUGUUCCGGGGAGCCUGGGCUCUGACGCUGAGGGACACCCCCACAUUGGGAAUCUACUUCGCCACCUAUGAAUGGCUUUGUCGCCAAUCCACGCCAGAUGGCCAGAACCCUAGCUCAGCCACAGUGCUGGUGGCAGGGGGAUUUGCAGGCAUCACCUCCUGGGUGACAGCCACCCCCUUGGAUGUGAUCAAGUCCAGGAUGCAGAUGGCCGGGCUAAAGCAGAGGGAGUACCAGGGGAUGCUGGACUGCAUGGUAAGCAGCGCCCGGCAGGAAGGACUGGGGGUCUUCUUCCGGGGGCUGACCAUCAACAGUGCCCGCGCCUUUCCUGUCAAUGCUGUUACCUUCCUCAGCUACGAGUACCUCCUCCACUCGUGGGGAUGAGCUGGCCAGGCACUGCCUGCAGCUCCCCAGUGAGACCGCCACCUACCUGUCCAGAUUAGAGGCCAAGUUGAAAGCACCAGGUUGAGACUCAAUGCAAGAGGCUCAACCUUUCCUUGUCAAGGCACCUCCCAGCCUCACAGACACAUGGGGCUGGGGAGACGAUUGUGGGGAGCAGCCCCCCACUCCCACCGCUCCUGGCCUCAGCCUCCCAGCAGCACUUGCUUUGAUUCCUUUGUAAACCAACUAACCAGUGGUACAGGUGACAUUCGGCCAGUCCAGGAUCCUUUACCUCCCCAUCACCUUCAGGAAAAAGCCCAAACUCCACCCCCUCCUGGCGGGGUACCUGAGGGCAGCCCAGCCCUGCUGUGGAGAACAAGCGGUGCCUGCUCAUCACCUCUGGCCUUAGACCCUCCUGGCCAAAAGUGGGCAGUGCCAUGGGUGACCCCAUCAUCCUGCUGCCUGGACCCACUCCCAGACCCAGGCUGAGUACUGUCACCUGGGUUCCCUUCUCCGCUCACCUCCACCCUGCUCCUGACUGACUUUGGGGUCUGCAGAUCCCCUGCCUGCCUUGAUCGUAGCCCUCGCCUGUGCUUUAUCAUGGUGGUUGUUUGACUUCUCAGCUUCCCCAUUAGAGUGGGAGCUCCUUGAGGGCAGUGGUUGCACUUCUCCUCAUUUCCCACCUCGGAGCCUGGUGCUGGAAGCAGCUCGGUAAAUGCCUGUUGAAUGAAGUGCCGUUGCUCUCCCGCGUCCCUCCCUGCCUCCAGCCACCCCGCCUGCUGCCUUGGUCCUGCCGCCGCGCCUCCAUGUCUGCCUGGCCCAUUCUCAUCAAUAGCACUUGUUUUAUCUCAAAUGCAAAGUAGGAAUUAAAAACUGGAAAUAAAGCUGAGCAGAGUUUGUACCCCCUAAUGUCCUGAUCUAGUCUGAGAUCAACCUGGGCCUGCCUCACGGUGACCUGAAUACCUGGAAUCCCUGCCAUUUACGGGGCGCUCCCUAUAAAAACAAUCACGGCAUUCUUAUCACCGUUGGCAGAGGAGGUGGACUCGGCUCGCAGAUGGUAUGUAACUCAUCCUACGUCUGGUAUGUCACACAACUUGCCUGGACACAUCUAAGCCCCCAACUCCAGAGCCCGGUUACUCUGCUACCCUGCUCUCCUUAGGGACUGUGACAGUCUCCUAGGCGUCACCUAAGUUCAAAUUUACCCGGGGAGGCCUGGCAUCAGCCCCUGCUUGUUCUCAUCAGAGCUGUCCUUCACUGGCUCGUGGGCCACAAACUGAGGGUGGCAUCCCAAAUCAUUCCUCCUUUGUCAUGGCAUGGCCACAGGGCAUGUGGUCGCUGAGCCCUGCUGUGUGUCCCAACCUCCCCUGCAGCUUGGUGGGGUCCUGUGGUUGGGUUCUUGGAAGCGAAGUUGUGUGAUGCAACCAAAUGGCCUGUAGUUUGCUUACAAGGAAAUUCCUCCCUGUGUUGGCUGAAAUGGUGACCUUGGAAAGACUGCUGAGAAUGCAGGAGGAACCCACUGGCUGGGAACCUGGGGGGCUUUGGGAGCACAGCCCACCUAACUGCCCUGGGCGGCUGCAUUCUGGUCUCUUUAUCCCACCAGUUUGGCCUUCACCCUAACUCACACAGUAG